UGGCCAGUCCCCAGCGCAGACCCAAAAGCACAGAGCCUACCAGCACGGGCCUCUGCCCUCCAAGCCCCAUCCAGAGCCCCGAUCUGUGCGUCUCUGUUCCCAGCGCUCCCAGAGACCAGGCCUGCUCAGGGGACCUUGGGCACCCGUGGUCAUCGCAUCCCAUCCAUCCUGAGUCAUGUGACAACAGUGUCCCUGUAGUACUCUAGGGGCAGUGACAUUGUAGCACCCAGCCAUGAGGCUCCCAGGGCCUCAGUUUCCUGUAGUGAUGCUGGCCCGGGUAUCACGAGCUGAACAGAGAUGGGGAGUGGCCACGGGGGUGGAGUGCCUCCUGCCACCGCACCCUGCAGGACACCUCUGCAUUUGAUUGACAUGAGCUAGUUGGAGGCAUCCCUAACCCUGACCUAGAGACUCAGAGUCAGAGAAUGAAGUCGCCCGUUCAGUUGGCAGCCCUGGCUGGCGGUGGAGCGAGGGUGUGACCCCAGCUCCUCGGCCUCCCCCUUGGGAAUCCGCUGUGACCUGCUGGGCAAACUGUCCAGGGCCGUGCCAGGGUUCGUUUGUUUCUGCUUCUUGCGUCCGAGACCAGGGCAGCCCCUCUCACAAAUGGGGAGCAUGGGUUCUUUUUUCCAAAUGCCAGGGGGCGAGGAUGGGGAGGGGCUGAGGUUCCCAGGUACCUGCGACCUCCCACCUCAGCAGGGGGCACCUCCAGACCCUAGAGUCUCCUCCUGGCCAGAGCAGGAGAGGCCCCGGUGGUCUCAUUUUGAGCUGGAUCUCCUCCUGCCCCCAGGUUCUUUGGGGAGCACACACGGACAUGCGCACACCCCUGCCGACUGGAGGGGAAGGACUUUCCUUCCUGAAGGGCCACACCUCCUGCUGCAUGUACUCAAUGACCAAUUCUCGCUCUUGCUUACACAGUCCCUGCCCAGAACCCCUGCGGGAAGUGUUCUGGGGUCAGGGGCGUCCCAGCCCAUUUGGUCAAAAGGACCCUCGGGAGGCAGCUUUAAUCCUUGCAGCGCCCCGGCCAGCAUGUGACAGGCCUCACCAGGCUCCAGCGAGUGAGGACUGGCACCCUCCUGCAGGUAGUUUAGGUCCCACAGCCUUGCUCCCAAGUCCCUUGUGAUGUCACGCCCUUGGCUGACAGCAGAGUGGAUUAGCCAGCAGGCUGGGGACCCAUGGGUAGAGCAGUGGCUGUGACCUAGUCAGAAUCGGUUUGCUCCUGUUCCUUGGAAGCAGCACCGUUUAAUUGGAGACCUUCAUGAAACGAAGGAACAACUGAGCAGAGGUCAGAGGAGAGCGCUUCUCAGGCACAGGAAGGACUAUUGCAAAGGCUCUGAGGCUAGGAUUAGCCUGUUUAGGAACCUGGAGUAGAGCACGAGAGGCGCAGGGCAGGUGGAGUGGGGUUCGCAGCGGCCAGAUCUUGCAGAACUGUGUUAACUUGACCUGCUCGACCUGCCCAGUGACUCCCUUGAAGGUCCCCCAAUGGUCUUUCUUUUUCCCUCACUCAGCCUUCUCCAGCGCUGAAUGCUUGUCUCCAGGGACACUGUUUGACUUUCAUCUUCCUAAGACAGCUGCCUCAGGUGAUGGGUGACAGAGGGACAAGCAAUGGACUAACAAGGCUGCAAAGGGAAGGUUGGGGAGGGAGGUGUCUGCCCAAAGGGGACUUUGGAAAGCUCUAGAUAUAUUCCUGGAAUCCAGAAGGCUGCGUCUGUGUGUCGGCUAUGUGCCAGGGAAGGAAGUGACUCCUCUACUCCGCCCGAUCUUGGGACUCCGUGAGCGGAGCUCUAACUCUGCCUGGCUGGUGGAGGUGCCCAAGAUUUAUGCAGAGCUUCUCAGCAAAGGAUGGGUGUUUAUUGGUUCCAGAAGGAUCUCUGUCCAUCACCAGCUGACUAAUAAGUUAACUGAUUGAAGACUUCGGUGACCAUACAUGACAUAGAAUACAGUCUUUGCAUAAUAACCAGGAAAAUCACUGCCCGAGUAGCCGCAGCAACAAACCCUAGAGAGGUGCAGAAGCCAGCUUCCAGAACCAUCAGUUUUUAUGACCUGAAAUGUCCAGUUUAACAAAACUUAUAAAAUAUGCAUGCAAAAAAAGAAUCCUUAGGGGGAAAAGGUGAUCAAUAGGAACUAUCCCCAAGGAAGCUCCCUGAUUGGAAUUACUAGACAAAUCAGCUAUUCAAAAUACAUUCAAAGAACUAAAGAAAACCCUCCUGGACGAAUGAAUGGAUUCUCAAGUAGAGAUGAUCCACAAUGGGAUAGAAGUUAUAAAAAGGAAGCAAAUGGAAAAUUGUAAAGUUGAGAAGUACAAUAACUAAAACAGAAAAAAUAUUCCCUGGGCAGCUGAACAGUGAUUUGAGCAGGAGAAGCAAUCUGUGACUUAUUCCACUGAGACCAUCCCGGCUGAGGCACAGAAACAGAAAGAAGGAGGAUAAGUGGAGAGAGCGUCAGAGACCCCUGGGACACCAUCAGCACCCCAACAUACGCAAGCUGUCAGUUUCGGGGGAAGAAGAGACAGAGCAGAAGAAUAUUUGGAGAGAAAGGAUGAAAACUAUGUCUAAUUUAGUGAAAAACAUUAGUCUACACAUCAAAAAAUCUCCAUGAACCCCAAGAAGGAUAAAUUUAGAGAUCUACACUAAGAUAUAUAAUCAUCACAACAUCCUAAGACAGAGCCGGGCAUGCUGGCAUUUCUAUACACUAGCUUUAAAAAAAAUCCAAAAUGAAAUUUUAAAAGGAAUAAAAAAAGGAUAAAAUACCUGGGAAUAAAUUUAAGCAAAGAUGUGUAAGACCAGUGUAUUGAAAACUACAAAACACUGUUGAAGGCAGAAAUAGAAAGCCAUCCUGUUCUUUGGUCACAAGCCUUAAUGUGGUUGCGAUGAAGCUAUUUCCCUAGUUAAUCUAGAGGCACUGUAAUUUCAAUGGCCUUUUUGCAGAAAUAGACAAGCUGAUACUAACAUUUUUUUAUGGGAAUUCAAAGGACUCCAAGCACCAAAAUAAUGUUGAAAAGGAAGGACAAAGUUGGUGACUUCAUACCUCCCCAUUUUAAAACUUAUUACAAAGCUGCCGUCAUCGAGAUGUGGUGCCCUGGCGUGCAGGUAGGACCAGAUCCGUGGGGUGGAACUGAAUUUCCAGAAAUAAACCCACAGGACUGUGGUCAACUGGUUUUUCGGCAAGUGCGCCAAGACUAUGCAAUGGGGAAGGAAUGGUCUUCCAUUUACACUGGACGCCCCUGUGUAAAAGAAAGAGGUUGGGCUGCUGUGUGCAUCAGUUAACUCCAAACAGAACAAAGGCCAGCACGCAGAGCAAACCUUAGAACUCCUAAAAGGGAACAGGUGUAACUCUUUAUAACUUGGAUCAGGUGGUGGCUACUUGCACGCGAUGUCAAAAGCAUCAGCAACCAGAGAAAAAAAUAAACUGCUUCAUCAAAAUUUAAAAUGUGUGUGCUUCAAAGGACACUAUAAAAAAUGUGUGAAGACAUAUCAGAAUGUGACAAAGUAUUUCCAAGUCCCCUGAUAAAGGAGUGAUAUCCAAAAUAGAGAGCUCCUUUUUGUUUUAUUUUUGGUUUUGUUUUGAUUUAAGGCCUUGCUAAAUAAGGCUGGCCUCAAACUCAUGAUCCUCCUGCCUCAGCCUCCCAAAUAGCUGAAUGUCACCACACCUAAUGAGGAUUCCUAAAAAUAACAAAAGAGCAAUAGAUAAGUUAAAAAAUGGGCAAAGGAUUUUUUUUUUUUUUUGGUACCAGGAAUUGAACCACUGAGGUAUUCCACCACUGAGCCACAUCCCCAACCCUGUUUUGUAUUUUCUUUAGAGACGGGGUCUCACUGAGGUGCUUAGAACUUUGCCAUUGCUGAGGCUGGCUUUGAACUCAUGAUCCUCCUGCCUCAGCCUCCCAAGCCACCAGGAUUAUGCGCCACUGAAAAUCAAGACUCCAGGGAGAUCUGAUCACACCCCCUAGGAUGGCUACAAUCAACAAACAAACAAAAACGCAAAACACUGUUGCCGGUGUAGCGAAGUCGGAACUCUUGGCGCUGAUGGUGGGGAUGUAAAGGGACUGCUGCUGUGGGACAUGGUGCAGGGUCCCUCAGCCACUCAAGGUUCCUCAGCCACUCAAGUUCCCAUUGCUGGGAAUACAUGCAGAAGAACUGGAAGCAAGUUUCAAAGAACUCUCUGAAUUCUACUUUUCACGGCAGUGGUGCUCAUGGUAGUGAAACAUGGAAGUAGACUAGGCAGCACUGGCUGCUGAGUUGGGUGUGGCAGAAUACAGCUACAAUGGCAGGGGCGCCACCCAGCCUCGAGAGGGAGACAUUGACAGGCUGAAGCGCAGCCUCACUGGAGGACGUCAUGCUAAGUAAAAUACGCCAGUCAAAGAGAGUGGUGCCACUUGGAUGAGGUGCUUAGAGUAAUUACAGCCAUAGAGAAGAAAGUGCUGGGGUUGUCGUGGACUGGGGGUUACCCUUGAACAGGACGGUUUGGAUGGUGGUGAGGUUGCACAGCAAUGUGAGUGUCAAUAUCACUGAACUACACGCUUAAAAAGGGUCAAGAUGCAGAGAGCUGGGGUGGGAUAUGGGGGCGGUGCCUGCUACCGACGUUUAAGUGCCUGGUUCUGCGUGGGAACGCCAACCUGCUCCAGAGUGAACGUGGCAGCAAUUAACCGACCGCUCUACGCUAGUCUCAAGGCUUCAGUCUUUCUUUUAGUCAAGAUGAGUGAUAAACCAGACUUGUCUGAAGUGGAGAAGUUUGACAAAUCAAAACUGAAGAAAACUAAUACUGAAGAAAAAAAUACUCUUCCCUCAAAGGAAACUAUCCAGCAGGAGAAAGAGUGUGUCCAAACAUCAUAAAAUGGGGAUCUCCUCCCAAGAGCAAAUUUCAACAUUGAUGGAGAGUCUUGGUUUUAGUAAACCCAUGUAUUCGUAGAAAUUUUAGCAUCUAUGGCUUCUCACCUGUACUCUGUGGCUAAGAGGUCAACACUAGUCAAUGUUCCCUUAAAUUUAUUUUUAAACUUCUCCUUGGUACAUAAAUAAAUUCCUUAAAAAAAAAAGGGUCAAGAUGCUAAAUUUUAUGUUAGGCAUAUUUUUACUACAAUAAGAAGUAAUAGAGCCAGGUGUGGUGGUGCACACCUGUAAUCCCAGCAACUUGGGAGGCGAGGCAGGAGGAUCGCAAGUUCGAGGCAACCUCAGGAACUUAUUGAGGCCAUAAGCAACUUAGCAAGACACUAAGCAACUUAGUGAGACCCUGUCUCCAAAAAAAACAUACAAAGGGCUGUGGAUGUGGCUCAGUGGGUAAGUGCCCCUGGGUUCAAUCCCCAGUACCGAAGAGAAAAAAAAGAAAAAAAUAUUUAAAAAAAUGAAUGCUAAUACUACAAGUGACUGAACAUCAAAACUUGUGAAAGAAGCCCGUCACAAAUGGCCACAUGUGCUUGCUUCCGUUUAUAUGUAACACUCAGAAUAGGCGAAUCCAUGGAGGCAGAAGGUACAUCAGCAGUUGCCAGGGCGUGUGAGGGUGGAUAGGGAGUGAACAUCUACAGGGGUUCUUUUUAGGAUGAUGAGAAUAUCCUGAAAUUAGAUAGUCGUGGUGAAUUUUGUUUUGUUUUUGGUACCAGAGAUUAAACCCAGGGUGCUCAACCACUGAGCCCCAUCCCCAGCUCUUUUUUAUAUUUUAUUUAGACACAGGGUCUCACUAAGUUCCUUAGGGCC